AUGGCGGCAUUAUUAGCAGCAGGAGAUGAAGAGGACGAAGCAUUGCAUUCGGGUUGCUUUGGCAACGAAUCCGGCACCGAGUCGGCGUGUUGUGGUACCACGGGCAAAUAUGGACCUGUGGCGCCGAUGCAGUGGUCUCUGCUGCUUGUUGGCUGGUCCUAUGUCCUCACUGCUCUGGUCGGCGCAUUUCUGAACACACUGGCUCUGGCCGGGCUGGCCCGAAACCGGGCCCUGCGCGGCCGCCCGGCCACCUGUUUCACCAUGAACCUGGCCGCGGCAGACCUUCUCUACUGCAUUGUGGCCCUGCCAGUGGACGCGGCCACCUACCUCACCCAAUACGACUGGGACACCUCAGUGUGGGCCCGUUCCUUGUGCUCCUUUUCUGCUCUCUGCAAGUACACUGGCGCCUUCAUGGACUGGUCCAGUCUGGCCCUCAUCGCCAUUGAGAGGUACUUCAAGAUAGUUUUAGGAAGCGACUCUCACAAGGCAGUUUUCUCAACUCGAAAUGUGGCCAUGAUUCUAGUGGGCAAUUGGGCCAUGCACUGGUGCAUCCUUGGGAUAUUUGCAGAGUAUGGCUACAACCAUUGGACCCAUAGAUGCGACAUGUUACCCGCACAGAACUGGUUCCAUUUUCUUGAUCGAGGCAUUGCCCAUAUGGCUUGGAUGGCACUUGUCGUAGGUGUCAUACUGGUCACAUGUCUCAAGAUCUGGCUCUAUGUCCACAACACCACCUCUGCUCUCCUUGACUUCAAUAUAAACAGGUACACAAUAGAGACAACCAGUGUUGCCACCAACACCACAUCCAGCACCAGCAACAGAGCCAGUUUGGCACAACAGGACACAUCCAGCAGCAGGGAAGCAGCCAUGAUGAAUGCUCGUCUGUUUGAAAGAGGUGCCAUGGAAAUGCGCAGACCUCCAGCAGCCGCCAUAAGACCGCCUUUGAUGCACACGGCGUUCUUCAAACGGGAAUUGGCUCUU